AUGAUGGGAAGCAGAAUGAACGGGACAAACGGCAUGAGCCGUACAUCAUCAACUGAUAGCAACGGUUUCCCGGUCAAAGAUGUAGAUGCCAUCAAGCUGUUUGUUGGCCAAAUUCCGCGCAAUUUGGAGGAGAAAGAUCUUCGGCAUCUAUUCGAAUCAUUCGGCAAAAUUUAUGAAUUUACAAUUUUGAAAGACAAAUAUACCGGACUGCACAAGGGCUGUGCAUUUCUCACCUACUGCCACCGCGAUAGUGCCAUCAGAUGUCAAGCAACGCUGCACGACCAAAAAACGCUUCCAGGAGUAGGUUUUAACUCAUUUUGGUCAGCUUCCUUGAAGGCAUUCAAAUUGUAUAACAUUGUGAAAUGA